AUGCUCCCCCUUCCCGGUAAAACUCACGCUUCCCCUUCCCAGUCAAACACACGCUACUCCUUCCCAGUCAAACUCACGCUUCCCCUUUCCAGUCAAACACACGCUUCCCCUUCCCAGUCAAACACACGCUUCUCCUUCCCAGUCAAACACACGCUACCCCUUCCCGGUCAAACACAAGCUUUCCCCUACCCGGCCAAAUCGCACGCUUCCUUUACCCGGUCAAACACAUUCUUCCCCAUCCAGGUCAAACUCACGCUUCCCCAUCCAGGUCAAACUCACGCUUCCCCUUCUCGGUCAAACUCACGCUUCUCCUUCCCAGUCAAACACACGCUACCCCUUCCCGGUCAAACACAAGCUUUCCCCUACCCGGCCAAAUCACACGCUUCCUUUACCCGGUCAAACACAUUCUUCCCCAUCCAGGUCAAACUCACGCUUCCCCAUCCAGGUCAAACUCACGCUUCCCCUUCUCGGUCAAACUCACGCUUCCCCUUCCCGGUCAAACUCACGCUUCCCCUUCGCGGUCAAACACACGCUUCCUUUUUUUGUGAGAAGGUUUCAAGUAGAGAGCAGGGUAAUGGGACGCUUUCCCGUAGUGAGCGGGGUUAUGAGAAGCUUUCACAUAGUGAGCAGGGUAAUGAGACGUUUUCAUGUAGUGAGCAGGGUUAUGAGAAGCUUUCAUGUAGUGAGCAGGGUAAUGAGAAGCUUUCAUGUAGUGAGCAGGGAUAUGAGAAACUUUCAUGUAGUGAGCAGGGUAAAGAGAAGUUUCCAUGUAGUGAGCAGGGUAAUGAUAAGCUUUCAUGUAGUGAGCAGGGUAAUGAGAAGCUUUCAUGUAGUGAGCAGGAUAAUGAGAAGCUUUCCUGUAGUGAGCAGGGUAAAGAGAAGUGUUCAUGUAGUGAGCAUGGUAAUGAGAAGCUUUCAUAUAGUGAGCAGGGUUAUGAGAAGCUUUCAUGUAGUGAGCAGGGUAAUGAGAAGCUUCCAUGUAGUGAGCAGGGUAAUGAGAAGCUUCCUUGUAGUGAGCAGGGUAAUGAGAAGCUUUCAUAUAGUGAGCAGGGUAAUGAGAAGCUUUCCUGUAGUGAGCAGGGUAAUGAGAAGCUUUCAUGUAGUGAGAAGGGUAAUGAGAAGCUUUCAUGUAGUGAGAAGGGUAAUGAGAAGCUUUCAUGUAGUGAGCAGGGUAAUGAGAGGCGUUCAUAUAGUGAGCAGGGUAAUGAAAAGCUUUCAUGUAGUGAGCAGGGUAAUGAGAAGCUUCCUUGUAGUGAGCAGGGUAAUGAGAAGCUUUCAUAUAGUGAGCAGGGUAAUGAGAAUCUUUCAUGUAGUGAGCAGGGUAAUGAGAAGCUUUCAUGUAGUGAGCAGGGUAAUGAGAAGCUUUCAUGUAGUGAGAAGGGUAAUGAGAAGCUUUCAUGUAGUGAGAAGGGUAAUGAGAAGCUUUCAUAUAGUGAGCAGGGUAAUGAGAAGCUUUCAUGUAGUGAGAAGGGUAAUGAGAAGCUUUCAUGUAGUGAGCAGGGUAAUGAGAAGCUUUCAUGUAGUGAGAAGGGUAAUGAGAAGCUUUCAUGUAGUGAGAAGGGUAAUGAGAAGCUUUCAUGUAGUGAGCAGGGUAAUGAGAAGCUUCCAUAUAGUGAGCAGGGUAAUGAGAAGCUUUCAUGUAGUAAGCAGGGUAAUGAGAAGAUUUCAUAUAGUGAGCAGGGUUAUCAGAAGCAGUGUAGUGGGUAG